GCCCGGCUCUGGUCCACCCACGACUUCAAAGCUUACCUGCACUUUGUAGGGCCGAAGGUGAGAGAACGGGAACGCACUAGGGAAGCAUCCUCCCUGCUGCACAUCCUCUGAUCUGAAAGGCAGCGGCAUUGGUGGUGACGACUGUGCCCGUAUUCCUGCAGGGUCGCCCGCCGGCUACUGACUCCGAGUCUUCGGCAGACUGAUGGCGGCCGCGCUGAGGGACUUGGCAAAGAUUCCCAUAACUACAGAAGCACAUAUGGACCUAACAAAAGGCUGUGUGACCUUUGAGGAUGUCAACAUUUACUUCUCACAGGAAGAGUGGGAACUUCUUGAUGAAGCUCAGAGGCUCCUGUACCUUGAAGUGAUGCUGGAGAACUUUGCACUUGUAGCCUCACUGGGUUGUGGGCAUGGAACAGAGGAUGAAAAGAUAUCUUCUGAACAGAAUGUUUCUGCAGGAGGGUCACAGUCUAAUAAGGGUCUGUCUACCCAGAACACUUACCCCUGUGAAAUGUGUAUACCAAUCCUGAAAGAUAUUUUGCUUCUGGCUGAUUUAUCUGGGCAGAAACCAUACAUGGUUGGAACAUGUGCAAACUGUCAGCACCAGAAGCAGCACAGUGCAAAAAAGCCCUUGAAGAUGGAUGUGGACAAACCCUUAUAUGAGAAGCACUGCCUGCUCUGUGUGUCAGGGAAGCCCUUCCCCAGUUGGGAAAUUGAGAAGGACCUCCCAGCCAUGUUGGAGCUUCUAAGGUCCCUGGCCUUUCCUAAAGGUGAGGAGCCUAAGAAAGUUGCUGAGUGUGGGAAAAACAAUCACAGUCAAAAAGAUUAUGACAAGUCAGACAAAUGUGGGAAAGCUUCUAGGCACAAACAUAGCCCUGUUCACCGCACAAGAGCCUACACUGGAAAAAAGCUUUAUGAGUGCAGCAAAUGUGGGAAAACCUUCCGUGGCAAGUAUUCACUUGUUCAACACCAGAGAGUCCACACUGGAGAAAGGCCUUGGGAGUGUAGCGAAUGUGGUAAGUUCUUUAGCCAAACCUCUCACCUGAAUGAUCAUCGGAGAAUACACACUGGAGAAAGGCCUUAUGAGUGUAGUGAAUGUGGGAAAUUCUUUAGACAAAACUCCAGCCUUGUUGACCAUCAGAAAAUUCACACUGGAGCAAGGCCUUACGAGUGUAGUCAGUGUGGUAAAUCCUUUAGCCAAAAAGCCACCCUCGUUAAACACCAAAGAGUUCACACUGGAGAAAGGCCUUAUAAGUGUGGUGAAUGUGGGAAUUCCUUUAGUCAAAGUGCCAUUCUUAAUCAGCACCGAAGAAUUCAUACUGGAGCAAAGCCUUAUGAAUGUGGCCAUUGUGGGAAAUCCUUUAGCCAAAAAGCUACCCUCAUUAAACACCAGAGAGUUCACACUGGAGAAAGGCCUUACAAGUGUGGUGAAUGUGGGAAAUCUUUUAGUCAAAGUUCCAUCCUUAUUCAACACCGGAGAAUUCAUACGGGAGCAAGGCCUUAUGAGUGUGGCCAGUGUGGAAAGUCCUUUAGCCAAAAGUCUGGUCUUAUUCAACACCAGGUGGUUCACACUGGAGAAAGGCCUUAUGAGUGUGACAAAUGUGGGAAUUCAUUUAGCCAAUGCUCCAGCCUCAUUCACCACCAAAAAUGUCACAACAUGUGAGAGGGCUAAUGAGUGCAGCAAAUGUAGAAAAGCCUUUAACUCAAGUUCUAACAUUUAGCUCCUGAAAGUCCACACUUGAGACAGGUCUUAGAUCUGCAGGGAAUGUGCUAUUACUUUAAGUAUUCUAGCAUUACUGAGCCUUUGUGUGGGAGCCAUCUGCCUGAAGUUGAACCUCAUACUUCCAGAACUUCAAAGGGAUGAGAUGUGUGUGAGGCUUAGAGUCGCUGCUCUGCAUGUUCUAAAUUGCUUGAGGUCCUUGCCACAGUUAAAUCAUUGCUAGUUUGUUUGAUAGAAGCCAUCUCCUCUCUACCACCUUGCACAUUGAGCAUCAGUAGUCCCGAAAUGCUAAGGCAUAGAAAGCUUCCGUGCUCAUUCGCUGGAGGAAAUCAUGGGCAGUCUGAGCCUUUAGGAGGAAUUUAUUCCAUGUUUUGGGCUGGUUAAAGCAAACAUUUGAUCCAGUUUUGGUCAGUUGGACCCAGCCUAGUUCUGCUAGACCCUAUGUAACAAUGCAAAUGUAUCGCAGCAUUAGGAAGGUUGAGAACCACUGUGCUAGAGGACUAUAUGGAAAGCUUCCCUUCUUCAUGGAAAUUCUUGUCCUCACAUGACAUUUGGUAAUUUUUCUAGAUUCCAAGACACCAUCUAGUAAUUGGCUGCCUCACACUGCUCUGGUUUUUGUGCUAAGAAAGGCCUAUUGUUAAAUGUACUUGUAUUGGGGGGAUUUGUUUCUAUGUGGAAUGGGUCGAAAACAGCUUCUUGAUAAAGGAAUGGAUGGCUUUUGUAGGCAUCUCAACUUUGUGGGUCUCUGCAGGAAAGAUAAAAUGGCAGUUUUUGUUGUUUGUGGGGUUUUUUUUUUUUUGAGACAGUUUCACUUUGUUGCCCUCUGUAGAGUGCUGUGGCACCAUAGCUCACAGCAACCUCAAACUCUUGGGCUCAAGCAAUUCUCUUAUCUCAGCCUCCUAAAUAGCUGGGACUAUAGGUACCUGACACAAGGCCUGGCUAGUUUUAGAGAUGUGGUCUCGCUCUUGCUCAGGCUGGGUCUUGAACUCGAGCUCAGGCAGUCUACCCUCCUGGACCUACAAAGUGCUAGGAUUACAGGCAUGAGCCACUGUGCCCAGCCUCUGAUGGUAGUUCUUGUUUUGGUCAAAUUUGCUUUGCUGCCCCAGACCACCCAGGACAGAAUGCAAGAAUUUUGUUGACCUGAUUUGUGGCCUGAAUCCCUAUACUUUCUGUGAGUCUAGGAUAGAAGAGGUCAGUUAUGGCAAGUUCUUGUGCAUCUGGGAAUAGGAUAAAAUUGUUCUAUUGUUCACAGAGGAUGUCAUAAAAUGCUGAGCACUGUUGAGAAGCUUUUCAUGAGGUUAUUUGAGGAGACAUACUUGAUAUCAGUCAUUCCAUAGGCUGUUGUCACUCAAGACAGAGUCAGGUAUGAACCAUGUUUGGUAGAAAUACUGGGUGUGGAGGAGCCAGCAGCAAACCAGUGAUAAGACCUAGAAAUCUGUGGAUGUCCAAUUGUCAGCUAAAAUAAUCUAAAGGUUUAUGUGACUUUUGGGUUUUGUUCACCUCCAGUUCGUGCUAUAGAGGCAGGAAAAUGAGGAUAGAGAUAAUGGAGAGUCUGUAGGCCAGGGAUGUAGCUUUUGUGAUUUUACCAAUGUAGUUAAUCGUCUCAAAUUGUAAUAGCCUUUAUUGCUUGCCAGUAUUUUCUUUUUUUCAUUUUUUUUAUGGCAGCCAUGAGCCAUAUGUGACUUUUAAAAUUUAAAUUAAUUAAAAUUAAAUAACAUGCAAAUUCAUUUCUCAGAUGUUGCUUGCCAGUAUUCAGUAAUGCAGGGCGGCUUUUCCCUAGUUGUGAGGAAAGAGACAAGGUAAUCAACAUGUAGUUGCCAAGGCUUCUGGUUUCCCAAAAGUGGGAGAUUAGAUAUUUUGAAUCAUGGUUUACAAACACUCUUGAUAUAUAAGUGACAUGCAACACUUUAUAUGUGUUUGUGAUGUAUAAUUUAAGAGUUUUGUCAUUUAAAUUUAUGAAAUCAUAAUCAUGAUCAUAGAUAUAAUCAUGACUCAUGUUGUGCCCUCUUGUAACCUCUGCCUGUGCUCUCCGAGCCAGUAAGCAUCUAGUGAUGUAUUUUCACCCACAAGAGAAUAGUUUGUUUUUCUAGAAUUUUAUCUGUGUAAAAUCACGGAAUGUUUACUCUUUUUUUCCUGACAUGUUCACACUGCAUACUUAUUUUGAGAUUCAUGAAUAUUGUUUAGGUGAAUAGUUCGUUCUUUUUAUUGCUGAGCAGUAUUCUAUCCCAUGGAUAUCUCAUAAUUUGUUUAUCCAUUUCUUAAUGGGCAGUUGGAGUCUUUCCAGUAUUGGGCUGAUACAAAUAAUGCUAUUAUGAGCAUACGCAUAGAAUUCAUAAUAUGCAUAUAUGUUUUAUAUAUUUCUCUUUGCCAAUACUAUAGUAUAUGGAACUGCUAAAAUGUAACCUAAACUAUACCUAUUUGUGUUCCACCAAGAGUAUGUGAGCCUUUGUGUUUUUCUGCAUUCUUGCCAAUACUUGUUAUUGUCAGUCUUUAAAAUUUUAGUUGUUAGCUUUACAAUGGCAUCUCUCUGUGAUUUUAAUUGCAUUUUUCUGGUAUGUUAUUGAACAUUUUUCCAUGUGUUUGUUUGCUACCUGUAUAUCUUUUUUGAAAAAAUAUUUGUUAAUGUCUUUUGCCCAUUGUUAAAUAAAUGUUAGUGAUGUUUCAUUUUUCAUUAAUAAAUAGGUAUGUAUAACAAAGAA